ACCGAGUCUGAAGCGUCAUUAUUUAUUUCCGUUCCGCCAUACUUGUCCGACCCAUGCUGUUGGUGAGCGAGUAGCAGCACCAAGUGGAGUCUCUCUAAUUAAUCCUCUCUACAGAGUUUCUUUACCUUUCGUCAGGAUGCAGAUAUGCGGCGUAUGCAGCGAACAAGCCAUAAAAUACAGAUGUCCAGGCUGCAGAGUAAGAUAUUGUUCCCUUGGCUGUUACAAGCGACAUAAAGGAGACGCAUGUCUGUAUGCUGUACAGACACCUGAAUUAGGGGACUCCUCGACUACAGAUGUGCGUGCUAGCAACACUGGCCAAACAAAAAGUAAUGCUGAUGGGACACCUUGGAGUGUUGACAGCCUUCUAUGUGAGGACAUCAUCGAUAGAGUUCCUCUACCCAAGCUCCAGUUGUUAGGUCAGUCAAAGGAACUGAAAGAUCUUCUGAGCAAUCCCCAUCUGAGACGGCUACUGCGCUCUGUAGACACUGCGGAGAGUAAAGACAAUGCCAUGAAGACCGUAAUGCAGGAGCCGUUGUUCGUCGAGUUUGCAGAUCGGUGUUUGAAUAUUGUACAAGGGGAUGGUCAGUAAUUAACAUAUGAUGGAGAUGAUGAUGAUCUCAGUGGAGUCAUGUCUUUCUAUUUCACCUACACCGUUAAUGUUAUUUCGGAUGGAUGCCAAUGUACUUUAUUUAAAACUUUUAGCUAUUAAAAACAGAGAUGACACUGAUGACAGAGCAGUCAGGACACCUUUGGUAACACCAGUUUAUUUCAGUCAUAAAUACAGCGAUUUUAAGCUUCGUUGUAGAGGUAGAACCAACCCAACACGACUCACCGUUAGUUAAAUUUAGAGCAGAAAAAAAAUAAACCAUUAACAAAGAGACUGUAAAAAAAAAAAAAAAAAAAUUAAAUGUUUUGACCUCUAUGACAAA